CCUCUCCGGAAGUGAACACACUCUAACAGACAGCCUUAACACACGUGAGAUAACAAUCCAAAACAGAUCGGUGGCACACGAAAGAUGGAUAUUACAGAAGUUCCCACCAAUCAGGGCAGCAAAAGCAAGAAAAAGAAAAGCAAGAAGUCAAUGAAAACAAAUACGAAGGUCAAAAACGUAGAGGUAGAAGAAGAGCGCAGCGCCGCCGUGGAGAAGAUGACCGAGUCAGCGGCUGCGUUUCCCCCCACAUUUAGUGUCUCUGAGAUCAAGAACAAGCAGCGAAGACACUUCAUGUUCAUGAAGCUCAAGCAGGAGAAGAGGAAGCAAAAGCUUCAGUUGAAGAAAAAAAGGAGAAAAGAAAGGGAAGCUUUAGGUGACAAGGCGCCACCAAAGGAGGUCCCCAAAACGAUAGAAAACCAGAGAGUGUUUGAUGAGACAACAGUUGACCCAGAAGAUGAAGAGGUUGCUUUUGACGAGGGAACUGAUGAAUUUUCAGCGUAUUUCAACGGGUUGACAAAUCCCAAAGUGCUCAUCACUACAUCAGACAGACCCAGAGGGAGAACAAUGAGGUUUUGUGAGCAGCUGGCCAGUGUCAUCCCAAACGCUCAUGUUUACUACAGAAGAGGCCUCGCCUUAAAGAGAAUCAUUCCCCAGUGUGUUGCCAGGAACUUCACGUACCUGAUAGUCGUCAACGAGGAUCGCCAAGUGCCCAAUGGUUUGGUUCUCUGUCACCUUCCUGAUGGGCCAACUGCACACUUCAAAGUCAGCAGUGUUCGACUACGAAAAGAGAUGAAGAGACGAGGUAAAGAUCCAACCGAACACUAUCCAGAGGUGAUCCUCAACAACUUCACCACCCGCCUUGGUCACAGCAUCGGUCGUCUGUUCGCUGCUCUCUUCCCACAGAACCCUCAGUUUGUGGGUCGACAGGUCGCCACCUUUCACAACCAGAGAGACUUCAUCUUUUUUAGAUUUCACAGGUACAUCUUCAAGAAUGAGAAGAAAGUUGGUAUUCAGGAGCUGGGACCUCGCUUCACUCUGAAACUCCGAUCUCUACAGAAGGGCACGUUCAACUCAAAGUAUGGAGAGUACGAAUGGGUCCUGAAGCGCCAUGAGAUGGAUGCCUGCAGACGGAAGUUCCAGCUUUAAGCUCUCCGUGUUUAUUGUGAUCAGAAGAUGUCCCGGUUUAAUGUCCAACAAACAUUUGUGGACUUGCACAAAUUUGCUUCAUAGUGUCUCAGAUUCUUUGAAGGAAACCUGUGGUAGCUGUACAAAGAACCAGCUUUUAGUGAUGAGGUAGGGUUGGUAUGUUCUCUGGAAAGAAGUCAUGUACACACAUUAUAUUCUUUAAUGAGUAGUUAUUUGGAGUCGACUUUCAGACUCUUCAGAGUUGAGUUAAAGGUUGAACAGUGAGAGAUGUCUUCAUGUAUUUGAAAUUUUUUUAUUAAUUUAUUGGAACAAGGAUUUGUGUUAUUCUCAGAAAUAGCCAUUUUAACACAAAACCGAUGUUUACCAAUUUAGUCAAUUCUCAAGGUCUGUUAAUGAAACAUGUUGCAUUCUGGGUCAACCUUUCUACACACACACACACCGUUUAGUGUGUGUGUAUUUACAUACACUCACACAAAUAGGACAGGCCCUGAUGACCACCAAAGGGAGGUCCCCAGCAUGCACCCUGAUCAGACAUCCAAACCACCUCAGCUACUCGUCUUGAUGCGGUGAAGCAGUAGCUCUGCUCCAAGCUCCUCACCCUACAAAGGAAGCAUUUCAGCCGCUUGUAUCAGAGAUCUUGUUCUUUUGGAUCAUCACCAUGUGAAUGAGUGUUGAAGUGUAGAGACAAAUAAAUCAAAGCUUUGUUAA